UUUUUUUUUUUUUUUUUUUUUUCGUUAAAUAGCAUUCUUGGGUAUAUUGUAGUUAGCUCCGAAUUUACAGUUUAUUGUUCUUUAGCAAGGAAAAAGAUGCAACCGAGAAACAUCUGUCAAAAUUGAAUUCUACCUACCUAUUGGAACGAAUACCCGAGCUUAUUUUUGUGCUGUAUGAGAUCGAUAUGAGCUUUGGCACUACUUUACUAUCGAAGCUAGGACUUAGCGAAAGCGGAAUGUCACCUCUCUUACCUCUACAUACCUCACCACCGCCGCGCCGGGUAGAAGAACAUGACCUCCACCAACUCUCUCCCCGACCUGACGGUGCGCUUCUCUCCCCAGACUUCACCCGCGAAUUCGCCUAUAGAGAUAGUAUUUCCGAUAUACCUAACGGGUCCAGAGCUGAUGCGACCAAUAUGAACUCUCCUCCUACUCGAUCGAAAGGUAAAGGCAAGGCUAUUGCCUUUGCCUACCAAGGUCACUCGCAAUAUGCGCGAUCUCGAACCCCGACUUUUACAGAUGGCCUUAGCGAGCCUAUGGGCCAUGACCUUAAAGUACCACCCGGUAUUUGGCGACCAAAUAUUCGCACCGAACCGCGCGAUAAUAGACAUACUAUUACCAAUACUCAUACGUCUUUCGUGGAGAGCAUUUUCAAGGGGCGGCCUGACCGUUCGUCAGACCGUACGGUACAGUCCGACGUCGAUAACACUUUCAAAAUGCUGCAAAGACGAGAACGUCAACUGCAAAAGGAGCUUCAGAAGUUGUUAGACGCGCAAGGUACCGCGUUAGAGCGAGAUCUUCAAGGGAACGAGAUAGGAAACACUUCUCCCGAAGAUACCAAGCAAGGAUUAUCUCCGGAUUUGACGGCAUCUUCUAUCCAGAGGACGCUUUCCGAAGGCUCCGUGGUACCAGUUCGCCAGCCCAAAAAUAAACCUAUGUCAAAGCGGCAAGCUCGCAUUGGUAUCGCCCGUUCUGUCACUAUGUUGGCGGACUUGAAGAAUGAGGAAGAUGCAUAUAUAGCUAGCGCGCUAGCGGAACGUAAGGCCGCAUUAUCAAAGUUACGGAAUUUGUCAUCCCAACGUAAAUCUAUCACGGCCGAGAUGAAGGCUCUAGAAGAGGACAGCGAGACGUCGAUUGAGACUGAAAUAGCAACUAUAGAGAGUCAACACCGCACAGUGUGCGCCAGCAUCGAGAAACUAGAAGAGAAACUCAGAAUACUAAGAAGGACAAAAGCUGAGCUGGAACGAAAAUUAGAAGAGGCUCGGAGUACCAGAGAGGCGAGCCUGAGCGGGUACAAAGGCGCGCUGAAGCAGUGUGACCAGAGCAUUUCCAAGCUGAUGAAAUAUCCCGGCGUACAGGUCCUAGAAGUUGAAGACCUAAGGGAGCAGGGCGGUGAGGACCUCACUGCUCUCACGUCUAAACACAUGUCCGGCGUCGAGUUUCUCUCGCUACGACCAGAGAGACGAACAAUCGAAAUGGCCAAGGAUUGGUGGGAGGGAGAAGUCGCCGUGCUCGAGCGGCGCAAAGCCACUGUCGACAAGGAACGCGUCGCGUUGGAGGAAGGCAGCGAGAUAUGGCAGCAAGUGUUGACCAUGCUCAUCGACUUCGAGACCCGCCUAAACCAGUCGCUGCAAGACGCCACAAAGCAGCAGGAUAACAUGGAAUCCGGCGACCCGGCUUCUAUUCUACGAGACCAGUACAGGGCUCUCAACGGGACCUUGCGCGAGGUCCAGAGGCUGUACGAUUACGUCGAGUCCCGCGGCUGGAACCUCCUAAUCGCGGCCAUCGGCGCCGAGCUAGCGCACUUCGAGGGGCUGAAGGACUUCCUCGCCGAGAUAAUCCGUAGUUCCGGAUACGACAACGGCGUCAUCACACCUACCACGUCCGUGAGCGGCGGCGGCGGCCGCCGCCGGGACGACGACGACGACUUGAUCGGCAUGCGCGAGAACGGCACCUCGGGCUUGCAACCGCGCUCCUCGAUGAAGCCGGUCGAGGUCGAGGAUGACGACGAGCAGGAGGAACUAACGCAUAGCGUGGUCCGUCGCUGGGACAAUUCCGACGCGCAGCACGCGCAGCAAUUGGGCCCUCCGCCGUACCUGCUGCCCGGCGCUUCGCACCGCGACGAGAGCGAUAACGAGGUCCCGCCCGGGCUGCUGAGCGAGGACGAGAGCCACAACGACGUCCCCGCCGAAUUCCUGUCCAUGCACAGCCCCCCGCAGACGCGGGUUACGAAGGACGCGCCGCCGAAUCGCAGCCGCCUGAGGAGGGAGAGCAGCGAAGUCGAAGACGAGGACGACAAUCGGAUCCCGCCGGAUCUGCUCUCCGAAACCCGCAGAGAAGACGACGGGGUGGAUUAGUUUAUACGAGUUUCGGGUUUCGCGGUUGGCGUGCGGGUGUGUUGCGGUCACGAGUAUUAUGUGAUAAGUAUGUAUUUACGGGUAUAGCAUGGUGCGUGGCCUGCUUGGGUGUUAGGCGUAAAGGUUUUUUUUUUUUUUUUUUUUUUUU